AUGAUUAGAAACAGUCAUAAAUAUAUGUGUUUAGUUAAAAGAACAUUAAACAAUGGAAAUAUAAUUUUCAAUUCAUCAAUUACAUUAAUUAAUAAGAAUAGCAAUAAUAAAAGUAAAAUCAUACAAUAUAAUCAACAACAACUUCAACAAAAUAGAAGUUUUAGCUCAACUAAACAAUUAUUAAAUGAAGCUUCAUCUGAAGAAAGAAACACAGAGGAUGAAGAUGAUGAUGAAGAAUAUGAUGAAGAUGAUGAUGAAGAAUAUGAUGAAGAUGAAGAUGAUGAAAAUUAUGUAGAAGAGACACCAGAGGAAGAGUUUGAUAGAGAACUUAAUGAUGAUUUAAAUGAAUUGGAGGAUGAGAUAAUGGAUGUCAGACCACCAUUAUAUCCAGAGAUCAAAUAUGAGUUAUACAGACUUCACCAUGACGAUCCAUCGUUUUGGGACGUCAAACGUUUGUCACAAGUUUUCACCCUUCAUCCAGGUCGUGUAGUUGCGUUACUUCGUUUCGUAGAGAUUGAAAAACAAGAGAUUGAAAGGGGGUUCCCAGUGCACAAGGAACUCGAUCUCGCCUUGGCCGAACAGUGGGGCUGCCGUUUCCAUGACGACGAUUUGGGUGAGGAUGACAACCAAAAGGUGAACGAUUACCAAAACUUUUCACUCCAAAAGGGUGUUGGUUCCAAUGCUCGUUCAAUCAACCAAAACUAUCUCCAUCAAAGAGAUGUUAAAAAUAAAAAGAACGUUCGUGGCAAACCAGACCCAAUUCACCAAGUUCCAACUAAAAUACCAGAGGCAUUCGAUGACCAACCAAUCUAUUUCAGAGGUCCAACCUAUCUCAUGCCAAGAAAAAAGAAUUUAGUUUUCGUUGAUACCUCUAGAGAUCCAUUCACUAAAAAAGUUAACCCUGAUCCAAUGGUUUUAAUUCAAGGUAUCGAUGGUAGUUUACGUACUCCAUCCACCUCUGAAAAAUCUAUCAUCAUCAAUAAAGUUAGACCUGAAAAAGUUAAAAGAGAUUAUAAUUCUAUCCUUAAACGUCCACUUAAAUAUAGAUUAGCCUCUCAACAAUAUCCAAAAGUUGAAAUUCAAGAAGAAACUGAACAAACUGAAGAAAAUCAAGAAGAAAAUAAACAACAAGCAGAAAAUUAA